AUGCUCCUUUCGUUUGUAUGUUCUGAAAGCUUAGGGAUCCGGUAUGAAGAUGUCGUCAGCAAGUGGGCCAGCUAUGAGAAGAGAAGAAUGGCAGACAGGCCCCUUGGGAUUGCGCCUUCUGCAUUUACUAUUGAAGAUGGAGUGGCGAUGAGUAGCAAGCAUCUGAAUCCUAGAACGAUUUGGAAUCCAGUAGAGAUGUUUGAAGAUAAUUUUGAGGGAGUGCUUUGUGAAGGGAUUGAAAAUAUUGGGGAUAAAGGAUACCUAGUUGAAGGUUAUGAAACGUUGCUUGAUGCUUCUGGAAUGAAUUACCUGUGUCUAUCGACAGCUAUUAAGCCCUUGCAUGUUAUGAGAGAAGGGAUCACAAAAGUAGCAAUUGGGUACAGAGGAUAUUUUGACGAAGCCAAGGCAAGAGAGCUGGGGGAGUGCCUCUCUGGGAUUCUAAAUGGAAUGGAGGUGUGUGUUGUACCGGAGUCUCUUUGCGGAUUGGUGUCCAAAACCGAGCAUAUUAUGGAAGAUGGGUCUUUGCACUGCAUGGUGAUUAUGAUGACAGGAAGAAAGACUGUGGUUUCGCUUUAUAAGAUGGAGGUGAAAGACAAGAAAAGAAUGUUCAACAGCCUAUUUUAUGAGUGUUUCGACGGAAUAUCUGAUUGGGCUAUUCAAAAGGUAGUGUAUGGGUACAUAGAGGAAAGUCUUAAGGGGUAUGUCUCCAGCAAGGAGGGCAUUUCCGAUACAAACAGAAAUGUGACGUUUUAUCCUCGGAUGAAGGAUUCGGAUGUUUUUGACCUGAAGAUAGAUAUGAGGCCUAUAUACAAGGAAAUUAACAAAGCGCUGAGAUACAAGAGCAUUGUUGAAAGUGUGAAGAUAGUCAAUGGGGUUAAUGUAGUUGACUCUGAAGAGAAGGUGAAGUUUGUGAUAGAAGCGCCGAUAUUUAACGUGAGGGAAAUCCAAAGAAGGAUUGAGGAGUUUGUGAAGAGUAACGAACACUUAGACAUCACUGGAAGUAUAAAGAAGAAGGUUGCUGAAGCGAUUGGAGAGGAACAGAAGUAUUCUGUAAUGAUAAGAUCUGAGUUUUACGAAAACCCUAUUUUUGACAAAAUUCUUGGGUCCUUCUCUUCAAAAGACAUUAUAAAGCCUGAAGACAUUGAGAAAGGAGCGGCCAGGAUUAUGAGGACGGAGUAUAGUAUUACUGACCCUAAGGUUUUAUGUGUUAGCGGGGAUAGCAAGAGCGGAAAGGCCUAUGUUGAUGAGGUACGAUUAAGGAAAGAGAUAAGGGAAAUUCUUGAUAAAAAGAAAGGAAGAAAUCUUAGGGAUAUUUUCAAAGAAGUGUCUGAUUCAUGUAUAGAAGGGGGGGAUGAGGCCUUUACUAAGGUCGAUGAUCUUGAUGGAAUCAAAAGGGCGGUAGACAAGUGGAAGGAAGUGGAGGCAAAGGAUUCCGAGAUCAAAAUGGAAAGAGACCUGAGGGAACAGGCAUUGAAGGACUUGAAGGAGACGAUAAUCUCCACUGAGAAGCUAGGCAAGAGCAAUCUGGAGGUAUGGAAUGAGGGGCUGAAAGAUGAAGUGUCGAAGGCAUUAGAACACCUGAACACCAUGAGUUCGGAUGAUAAAUACAAAAAGAAGGACAUCGAGGAAGUUGAAUUCAGUCUUAUUAUCAGGCGUAAAAACUUAUUUAAUGCAUAUGAGGAAAGAAUUAAGAAGGAAGCUGAGAAGAAAGAGGAGGAUAAGGUAGAUGAUGAGAAAAAAGAGGAAGAAGGAGUACCAGACAAGCAUCCUGAGGAAAGCCAAAAGGGUUCUGAGGAAGACAGGGCUGAGCUCUAG